UGUACUGAGAAAAUAAUUGACUCUCCAGCAGCCAGGAUGAGCAGGUUUGGUCCAUCGAGGGUCCUCCUGUACUGGGCAGCCCUGCUAAGUGUCUGCAAUGCUUCCCCAUAUAAAUUUUGCAAAGACCAAAACUACAUGCCCUCUGGUCCUUCUGAUGCCAAUGCUCUGCUUCCAGUGUGCGAUGGGGCUCCAGGAUAUAUUCGGAUUUCAGCUGGUUCUGUCAGUAACUCCAUGUCUAUCCAAAGUGGCAGCAUGUCAGGUGGUGGAGGUGGUGCCUUUGGAGGAUCUAGCCAGUUCAGCAUGUCUGGAGGAAGUUCAGGAUCUGGAGGCUCAGGUAGCCAGAUGAUUAUGUCCUCUGGAGGAGGAGGAGGAGGAGGAGGAGGAGGCUCAUUCGGCAUGUCUGGAGGAAGUUCUGGAGCUGGAGGCUCAGGUAGCCAGAGCAUAUAUUCUUCUUCUUCCGGAGGAGGAGGAGGAGGCAUGUCUUCAUUCCAUUCAGCUGGAGGAAGCUCUCACCAAAACACUGUCAUCAUUGCAGGAAAUGCAAACCUUCCUCCGAGACCAGGCAGCGGAGGAGUGAUUAUAGGUGGAGGUGGAGGAUCCAGUUUUGCUGCAUCAGGUGGAGGAGCGAGUGGAGGUUCAUUUGGUCAAAGCAGCUCAUCAAUGGGAAGUGGGACCUACCAUAAAGCCUCAGGUGGAAUGGGGAGCUCAUUUCAUGGAUCUUCCGGUGGAUCUUCAUAUGUAGGCUCAGGUUCAUUUCAUGGUUCAUCGGGCGGAGGCACAGGCCACUUUGCUGGAUCAUCAGGUGGAGGCACAGGAAACUUUGCUGGAUCAUCGGGUGGAGGCACAGGAAACUUUGCUGGAUCAUCAGGUGGAGGCAAUAUUCUACAACAAAUUAGCAGUGGAGGGUCCAGCAGCAGUGGUGGUGGUGUAGCAAAUCCACCUAGAUUGAUAGGUAAAGUAUAACAAUAAUUGAUUGCAUUAUGUUUACCAUUCAAUACACACAUUUUAUUA